AUGGUGCCGGAACAAACUGUCAGUCCCACCAAGCAAGAACGCCGUGAUGAAUUCUCAACCGAUGCCCACUUCCUUCCAACUACGAUUCAAAAUUCGCCUGAUACCCUCAACGGGCCUCGUCAAACAAUAAACAAAUCCACCGAAAACGUGACCAACUUUCACCCAGACGAUAAUGACGACGACGACGACGACUCAGAUGAUGCUCGUCCCAUGCUUCAGCGGACAUCACCCGCUGUUCCCCGCAACUCCUAUAUCAAAGGCCCCAAUACCACCUGCAAAAUCAUCUUUUUGACCCUUUGUUUGGCAGGACUGCAGUUUACAUGGUCAGUGGAGAUGGCUUACGGUACUCCGUAUCUGCUAUCGCUCGGAUUAUCAAAAGCUUACAUGUCGCUGGUCUGGAUUGCCGGUCCAUUAUCGGGUCUCUUAAUGCAGCCCAUUGUGGGAGCGCUUUCCGAUCGAUGUACAUCUCGCUUGGGACGACGAAGGCCUUUUCUUCUCGGUGGUAGUGUAGUUGUGGUGCUGAGUCUCCUCAUGAUUGGAUGGACGAGGGAACUGACUUCACUGUUUACCGGAACACAAGAAGGCAGUUUAUCGACAAAAGUGUCCAUUGGUAUUGCUAUUGCAGCCAUUUAUAUUUUGGAUUUCAGCGUGAAUUGCGUCCAAGCUUCCUGUCGUGCACUGAUAGUCGAUGCGUUACCGCAAGGUCAGCAAGAAGAUGGCACGGCAUGGGCCGGUCGUAUGGUAGGCUUGGGGAACGUCGCAGGUUAUUUCACAGGUUAUGCGGACCUUGUUGCGGUGUUUCCCUUUUUUGGCAACACGCAGUUAAAGGUGUUGUGCGUGGUGGCGUCCAUUGUCCUGUUGCUGUGUGAUGCUAUCACGUGUUAUACGGUCAAAGAAAAAGUGCUUACCAAGGAUACCUGGGCGACACGGAAACAAUCCCCUUUCAAGGCGCUGUCGGCUAUCUUUGUCAAUAUUUGGCAUUUGCCCAAACCUAUUCAGCGGAUAUGCAAUGUCCAAUUCUUUGCUUGGAUUGGUUGGUUCCCAUUCUUAUUCUACUCGACCACUUGGGUGGCCGAGAUUUAUGAUCAAACGGCAUUGCAGAACGGCGGUGGCGAUGAAGCCGAUGCGGUGGGUCAGGCCACCCGUGCAGGCUCUUUCGCUUUCCUUGUGUAUUCCAUCGUUUCCUUGAGCGCGUCUUUCCUGCUUCCCUUAUUCAUCACAUCUUCCUCCUCCUCCUCCUCCUCCUCAUUUUCGCGGGAUGAUCCCGAUACCAAUUUUUCCUCGACCAUCAAAUUUACUUUCCGCGGUCGCAAGUAUUCCUUUGCACCAUCUCAGUUCCUGCAUAUCCCUUUUCUUACUUUACCACGUGCGUGGACAAUCAGUCAUUUAAUCUUUUGUCUUGCCAUGUUGAGCACGGCCCUCGUUUCCAGUGUAGCGGCGGCUUCGGUAGUCAUUGGCAUCUGCGGUAUUAGCUGGGCUAUUACCAUGUGGGCGCCCUUUUCUUUACUUGGGGAGUACAUUGCGAGUGUAGAAGCCCAACGUCACGAAGGCGAUCCCACGGACCAGGACGGAGAUGAAACACGGGACCGUUUAGGCAUGAACCCGCAUUUCGCGUCAUCAAGGAUUAGCUUAGCCGCGGGAGCUGCAGGGAUUGGUACAGACGGUGGCAUUUAUCAACUCGUCGAACAUACGGACCCACGAACGCACGAAAGCGCGGACCAUUCCAUCCCGAUGGACACACUUCACUCGGAACCGGCGGUUUUGCCUCACACAACUGAGGAUUCCCCCGAUCAAACGGCCCUGUUACCUCCACAGUCUCGCUAUUCUCCCGAUACCGAACUGCAGCAAUCUCAAUCCAUGUCUCCCGACAGUCUUCCGUCCACGGGCGUGCUGCUGGGAAUUCAUAAUAUGUACAUUGUCUUGCCCCAAUUCCUCGUCACGUUUGCAAGCAGUAUCAUCUUUCACUUUUUGGAGAAGGAUAUACCGGCAGGGGACGAAUCAUCAACCAAUGCCAUUGGCGUCGUAUUACGAUUUGGUGCCAUCAUGGCCGGUGUCGCCGGUUAUUUUUGCACCAAAAUUACUCGUUCACAGUAA